AUGGGUCCUCUCUUCACCUACAUUCCAACUGCUGGUGCACGCAAAGCUCGUAACCAUCCAUCAACUCCCGUUAUCAAAAAUACAACAAAUGUUUCCUUCUCAGAUGCUAUUCCACCAAAAUUCAGAUACAGAGGGUUAGAGGCUUUUGUUGAGUUUGUAAAAGGAACAUCUGGAGACAUAAAUUAUGAUGUUCUCUUUAUUGUGGAAGCUAUUAGGGAUGCUCACCGUAUUCCCAAUCUGGUUCAAUACUCAAAUCUUCAUUCAGAAGAUCAAUAUGAGGAUAUGGAAGAUGUUGAUGCAGAUAUUGAAGUGUCUGAUAUUAAAUUCUCCUUAGGACCAUCAUCUCAGUCUCCAUCCAUUCUCAAGCAACCUAUGAUUCAUCGCCCUAAUCCUGCUAUUGCAUCUAUUGCCAUUACAUCUCUGCCCAGACCUAGCAAGCAUAUAUAUUUGAAGUCCUUUUCAUCCUCAUCACAAGGUAUACCUACAAAACAUGAUGUAUUUGAACAUUGUUUUGGAUUUGAUAAGUCUCCUUCCCCUGUUCCAUAA